AUGGACGCCGAGAUCUCGUUGGAGUUGAUGGUCGGUUGCGAUUCUUGUUGCGUCAACAAAAAGAGGAAAGCAACUGAUCAAAACGGCGCUUCUGGAAUAAUAUUCAAAAGAAUGAAACCCGCGGAUUACCGCGAACUUAGAAAAGAAGAGAGGCGCAGCGGAGUUUCAUUGGAGUUGAAGCUCGGCCAAUAUGAUCCCUGGGCUAUCAAGAAGACGAUUGUGACAAGCGAUCUGGGGCAUCUGUCGAAGCUGCUGCUGGCAGCUGACGGCGUAAGGAGGCAUAUUUUACCCCACUGGGAUGCAGAGCGCAUUGAGAACAUAAAGAAUGGGGUGAGAGUUUCCGUCUGGGACUGCGACACCAAGUCUGAACAUCAAUUGCUCUUCAAACGAUGGACGAGUGGGAGCCACGUCUUCAUUGAAGGAUGGAAAGGGGACUUUGUGGGGAGGAGGAAACUGAAGAAGGGUGAUGAGAUUGGACUUUAUUGGGAUCCCGGCAAUUCAAGAUUUAAUUUUUGCCUUCUCAAGCGGGGGCCUAGCUAA